CGUUAGGUCUAACUCAUGUUGCAGUACCUAGAUUAAACAUAAAGCUGUCGUAUCGUGGCCUCGAAGAGCAGGAUUAUAAGUUGGGCAGGGGAUGAACCCUCGUUUGGAAUGCGUAUCUGGCCCCGGAGCGCUAGGUGCAGGAACUGGACGCUCUACGCGGUGUUGUAGCACCUUCUAUGCACAGCGCAAACGGCUUGCUGCUGAGCGACCGCUUGCUUUGACUCGGCGCACAUGCUUCCAUGCAUUCGCUGACGUCAACGAUCGCGGGCGCGCGCUGUGCUGCCAGGCCAAGCCGAGACAAACCUCAUGCUCGAAGCAUGAGAGCGACUGGCUUAAUGGAGAUACCUCAGACGGCCUUCCAGUCCAUCGAUUGUUGCGGUCGGUUGUCGCGGGCUUGGGAGCAGUCUCUCUGCUCACCAGCAGUUGCAUCGCGCCCGGACCGGCGUUCAGCCAGCCUCGGUUGACGUCCGAGGAGCAGCUGACCAUUGACAUCUUCAAGCGCUCCACUCCUAGCGUUGUCAAUGUGACAAACCUAGCCAUCAAACGUGACACCUUCACCAUGAACAUGUUGGAGCUGCCGCAGGGGCAGGGCAGCGGCUUCGUGUGGGACGUGUGGGGCCACGUGGUGACCAACUACCAUGUCAUCCAGGACGCAUCCGACAUCAAGGUCACCCUGGCGGACGGAGAGGAGUUCUCAGCGCGGGUGGUGGGCGUGGAUCCCGACAAGGACAUUGCGGUGCUGCAGAUCGGCCCCCUGACCCCCCCCGCUGCGGGGGUGGAGGGAGACGGCAGCUCCCGACCGCAGCAGCUGCUGGCCGCACCGCCACUCGCAUCGCCAGCUGGGGGGCAGCAGCAGCAGCAGCAGCGGGAGGGGACGGGGACGGAGGCGGGCAGCACCGCCUCACCGCCCCCCUCCUCCUCCUCCUCCUCGCCUGCACCGGCCCCCGCUGCCGCUGUCCCCCCGCCUCCCCCCCUGCAGUUGGCGGGCUCCCAGCUGCAGCCGCUGAGUGUGUGCAGCAGCUCAGCGGACCUGGUGGUGGGGCAGAAGGUGUAUGCGAUCGGCAACCCCUUCGGUCUGGACCACACGCUGACCACGGGGGUGGUGAGCGGCACGGGCCGGGAAAUACAGUCCAUCAGCGGGCGGCCCAUACAGGAUGUCAUCCAAACCGAUGCGGCCAUCAACCCAGGCAACAGCGGCGGCCCGCUCCUGGACAGCGGCGGCUGCCUGAUCGGCAUCAACACCGCCAUCUACUCGCCCACCGGCGCCAACAACGGAGUGGGGUUCGCCAUCCCCGUGGACAUUGUGAAGAGCAGCGUGGGGCAGAUCAUAGCGUACGGCAAGGUCACUCGGCCCGUGUUGGGCAUCUCCUUCGCGCCCGACCAGUCGUCGGAGGCGCUGGGAAUCAAGGGCAUCCUGGUGCUGAGUGCGCGCGAGGGCGGCCCCGCCUGGCGUGCGGGUCUGCAGGGCAGUCGGCGGGACGAGUACGGGCGGCUGGUGCUGGGGGACAUCAUCACGGCGGUGAACGGCAACAAGAUCAAGAGCAGCUCCGACCUGUACCGGGUACUGGAUAAGAGCCAGGUGGGUGACACGCUGCGGCUGACGGUGUUGCGCGAGAACAGCACCCUGGAGGUGAGCGUGACGCUGGAGGCGGGACCGGCGGGGGGGCGGGCGGGGGGGAUGGCUGCGGGGGCCGGGGGGCAGCAGGGAGGAGGAGGAGGGGGGCAGCAGCAGCCGCAGCCGGGCGGGCAGGAGGAGGAUGGCGGGGACUCGGAUUGAGGAGUGGAGGGGUGGCGAGGCGAGAAGCGAGGCCGGAAAAUAGGGGCAUGCACUUUCAUGCAGUUGCAUGGCUUCACACGUGGCAACCGGACUGAAGAGAGAGCCAAAAGCAGUUAAUAUUGGUUGUACGGGUUUGCAGCAGUCAAGUAUGGUACGGCAACGCUCAACCGCCCUAUCAUAGCGGCGACAUUGAAGCACCCGUUAGCACGGGGGCGGUCGCACUGUGUGCCGGGUGUAAACCGGUUAUUCCAGGGAGCGAGUGAGCCGGUGGAGAGGCACGUUAUGCAGGCGGGUGGUUGUGUGUGGG